AUCUAGAGAGCGACUAUUCCGUGGGGAAACGGGCGAUCUCUCGCUCGGCGCGGAGCGCGGAGGUUGGCUGAAUUUCUCUCGCGCGGAGCGGAGUGUAUUUUCGUUAUCGGGCGGACAGCGCGCACGCACGCACACGCUCAACCCCUGGGUCGCAGGAGCGCGCCGGAUUACCGCCGACCGUCCGACGACGUGUGAUGAGAAGCACGCGCCGCAGUUAAAUAAGCCGCGCCAAGCUCCACCACGUGAGUGACUCGCCCGCGUACGGUGCGCGUUCGCCCGCUGUACUUCCAGGGGGACAAAAAAUACGGCGCCUCGCCAGAAAUACGAGAUCAUGGCGGUGCCCAACAGCGGUGUAGUCAUGCCCCGAAACUUUCGCCUCCUGGAGGAGCUAGAACAAGGCCAGAAAGGUGUAGGUGAUGGCACAAUUAGUUGGGGCUUGGAGAACGACGAUGACAUGACCCUCACGCAUUGGACUGGUAUGAUAAUUGGACCACCUAGGACACCGUAUGAAAAUAGGAUGUAUAGUUUGAAAAUUGACUGCGGUCAGAGAUAUCCAGAUGAUGCCCCUAAUGUAAGAUUUUUAAGCAGAAUCAAUAUGAAUUGCAUUAACAGUGCUACUGGAGCUGUGGAUAAUCGCAGUGUCCCAGUCCUUGCGAAAUGGCAACGAGAGUACACAAUUAAAACAGUUCUUCAGGAGCUCCGUCGUUUGAUGACGUUGAAGGAAAAUAUGAAACUUUCUCAGCCUCCGGAGGGCAGCACUUUUUAGCCUAACCGUAUGAACAGAGAUAUCUUCCUUUUUGCAAUAGCAUGAGGCGAGAUUUAAUAAAGGUACCAAAUAAUAUUAAAGACGGUGCCCGCUGAAAAAAUAUAUGUUUAAAAAGAAACAAAAAAAACACGAAAAAACAGCUUUGUGAGAGGAAGGAGGGUAAUAGCUUGGAAAGUUGAAUGAGUGUACCGAGUCUAUGUAUAGAUUAGAUAGAAAAAAUUGACAAAAACGCAUUUGUCAAGCACAGCUGAUUCUUCAUCGGGAUUUUUCACUAAAAAAAAAAAAAGUAGUAUUCCUCCGAUUAUUUCAUUGCAUAUACUACAUCAUGUUCGCGCACGAGAUAGAUGAUUCAAUUGCGAAUGCGAAUUUAAGUUUAAGGAAAACUUCGCUCCAGCUUUUCAAGCUAGUUACAAUGUAAAGCGGAAAAAAAUCCAAUAUUUUGAAUCUUAAAAAAAAAACUGGAGACACAGACUAUAUAAUAAAAAGAAAAAGAAUAAUCAGUAAGAGUAACUUAUGCCUUUGAAGUUUUUUAAUGAGAGGAGUAACGCCCCGGUAUUGCGAAAACCGUUUUAAGAUUUCUCUUCCGUUUGCGCGCAAGUGCCAUUUCCAUCUCUCGCAGAGGUGUGUCUCUCUCGCUCGAUGCCCGCCCGCAGUUAGAAAAAAAAUUCGUGAAUUCUGGACCACAAAAUAUCUGUACGUCCAUCUUACGUUCUACGUGCUGCGUACCGUUUUUUCGACUAGCGAUCUACAAUGAAAUAACGUACGUGUUUGCGAAAAUUAUAAUCCUUAAAAAAAAACAACGGCCUCUCUCUCUUUCACGCUAAACGAAUUGCGUUUCGUAACUGAUGAGGAGACGUCGCUUUGUAACCGAAGCAUGCAUAAGUGACAAAUUGAUUUGUAAUGUCUCGUAUAUAUAGCGAACGAUUAUACAAUGCUGCAUGACAAAGUACAUCAAUGUAUGAAGCAUCAUGUGAGUGGUGAGAUCUUGUAGUCGCGAUAUUAUAUUUGGACAUAUUGAAAAUAUACCAAUUACCCACACACGUGUAUUUGAUUAUGUCUAUUAAGAUACAACAGGAUUAUAUAGAGUAUGCAGAUAGAUAGUGGCUUACUGUUUUUGAAUCCAGAAGCUUCAUGAUUGAUGUAUUAUGUGAAUAUUAUUUUUGUUAUAAUUAUCGAAAUCAUAUCCAAUCUCUCUUAACACACUGAGUAAAGUGGAGCUGCGUAUUGUGACAAAAAUCAGGUUUAUCUCAGUCUUUAGAGUGCAAUCGCAACUACAAAUUACGUGAACUAUACUACCGCUGAAAGAAGCUAUAUGCAGCUUAUUAAUAUGAUUAGUGAUAAAUUAUAUGUUCCAGUAAGAGGAUAAUUAUGUUAUCACACUCUCGUCUCGAGAUUUAUAUUAUUCAAUUAAUCGAAAUGUCUUUAUAUACCUAAAAGUUCCACCAAAGUAGAUUUUGAAAUAUCUCCACGUUUGAUUGUGUAAUGUAAAAAUUUUUCGAUUACCCGAAUGAAAAAAUAUACAUACCUCUUUGUCCGCUUUGCAUUUCAGUAUUACACUAUCGGUAAAUAUAAUAGUGUAAUUUAAAUCAUCCUAUUAAAAGAAGUAACAAGUUAUAGCUCCAUGUGGACGAAAAACAAGCUUAAGGAGAAUAAAGUGAUUUCCUUA